CUUGCGCAUGCAAUGCCAAGACAAUGCUUUCAUGCGUUUAUUCUCAAUUUCACCAGAUAUAUCAAAAUAAAGCUACAUAAAUUCUUUGCUGACACUGAACAUGAUAUAUAGAGCUUCAUAAUUACGAGACGAGAUGGGACUGCUACGCCUUGUGACCUUCGACAUUACCAACACGAUAAUCCGGCCCCGGGAUGUCGGACUGAAUUAUUCCAACGCAGCAAAGAUGUUCGGCAUCUUUGUCAAUCCAGAAGGUGUCACGAAUUCGUUUAGAAAACACAUCAAAAAGCAGGAUAAACAGUAUCCGAAUUAUGGCUUCAAUCACGGAAUGACGUCAAAACAGUGGUGGACCCGUCUCGUCUGUGACACAUUCCUCGACCUUAACAUGAAUCACGAUGUUAAAAAGUUACACCAGGUGGCUGAUUAUCUCUUUGAAUUUUACCACAAAGGUGAACCAUACGAUAUAAUUCCUCAUUCUAUGGAACCUUUGGAGCGCUUACGGGAAGAACACCCCUAUUUAAAAGUCGGUGUCAUUUCAAACUUUGAUGAGAGAUUACCAGCGAUACUCGAUGACCUUCACUUGUCAAAAUAUUUUGACUUUCUUGUUUUAUCCGUCAAAGUUGGCGUUUGUAAACCUCAUCAGCGUAUAUUCCAAGCGGCGUUAGAAAUGGCUGGCGCAAAACCUGCAGAUGCGGUUCAUGUUGGUGAUAAUAUAGAACUUGACUAUUUGGCGGCACGAAAGGUGGGAAUGAAUGCGAUAGUUAUGGCGGGGAAGCAGAUGAUUCUGGAUCAGCGCGUGGAAGAUCGUCAUGUUGUCAGGGAUUUGACUGAGCUUGAGGAGAAAAUGAAAUUGAUUGAGGAAUGGAGAAUUUGACUGUGAGAGGGGACUUGAAAUUUGCGCAUUGAAUCUGUAGUCUAAGCAAUGUGGUUGUGCUUUUAUAGUCAUUCUUCUUGUAGUUCAGUCAUGUUUGUUCCAUGACUUUGUAUAUUACAAUAUACAUUUAUGUAAAUAAGUACUUAUUACUUGUUUACCUGUACACUCGUCAUCAAUACUCUAGUCACGUAUUUACCCAGUUUUGCAUGUAGGAUUAUGUCUGUUCAGCAUGUAAGUAUUUUAAGUACAUGUAUUUAGAAAUUUUAUUUCAAAUAACAUGAAUAGUGCCACCUUUAAAUUCUAUGUACAUUAUACUGUUUUAAAGCAUUUAUAUACAUGAAGUACUUGGUUAACUUGAGGGAAUAACUUGAGCAUGAGAGAUGUUGGUUUUGAAACAAAAAAGGCUUCUACUUUGACCGUGACUUCAUCAAACAGCACAAACCAUUGAAAACUUCAAUUAAACACUGCACGAGAACUGAAUGUAACCAUGGGCCGACCUAAAAUUUGCAAGCCAUGACAAAACUGCCUCCCAACAUACCUCUUAGUUGCUCAGAAAUGUGAAUUUUCUGGCAAGAAUCAGGAUAAUAAUUGCUCAUCGCCUGCAAUGCAUCACUCAUCAUUAGAACUCUUGUAUCAAAUAUCUAUGUACGGUACUUAUUAUUUUUAGUCUACAUAUGUUAUUAUUUUCUACCAGAAAUAAAAGUUGU